AUGGAAAACGAUUUCAACCGUUCACUUACGCUUUCCGCCGGUGAUGCUGCUCCACGUAACGACUUUCCCGGGGCUACGCAGCAAACUCAAGAGGCAGCGGUGGCAAGAUCCGCCGAGGAACGCUCAUCGUAUUUGGACGAGCUGAUCGAGGAGGUACACCUUUUGCAUCGAUUCCGUCUGAACGAUCCCGACCAGCCGCGCUACAUUUUCGCGCUCACUUGCGCCGAAAUUCACCGUGUCUGGAAGCUUGUUUAUGCACGUAUUUGUGAAAAUGUCGCAACGCCAUCCGAAUGA